GCUGUGUGAAAAGGCGCAGGCGGCGGAGUGGUGAAGCGCCGCGCGGGCGCCGGGCCGGUCGCCGUUAGUCGUGUUUAUCCAUCUGAAACGCGCGCGCGUCCGUGGUGCGUUGUCACUGUGUACUUUGAUAUGUGUUCGCCUGCCCGUCUUCGCAGGCGUUUGUGUAAUAUUUUGUUUGCUCACGACAAACUAUGACACAAGAAGAACUCUGCAGCCGUUUCGACGAUGAGCUACAGCUCUCGUCCGAAAAUGUGUCCGACGAUGACGACGUUAUUAUAAGAAACAGGCUUAGCAGUGUCAAAGAAAUGAUAAUGCGCUUCGAAAAGCCCAAUGUGGACAACUUUGGUGAGAGUGGUGAUUCUUUGGAAAGAUCUAAGGACCCUAUGUUAGGAAGCUUGACUAGUGUCGUGAACCCAAUACAGUCGCACUUUCAACACCUGUACCCAGUGAACCGAUCUCAAAAUCGAAAUUCCAACGUGUCAGUAAAUUCCAUAUUAUCAAAUGCGUCAGAAAACAGCAACGAAUCUAGUUCGUCAGGUUUUGUGUCGGACAGGAAAUCAGGUGUCGAGAUGUUGAUGCCUCAUAGACCUGCUCCACCCCCGCCAGCGCCUUUCAACGACAAUUUUUCUCCAGAAAGUAAAUCUCCGAAUACAGAAGAGGUUACGUUUAGAGAAAGACGUUAUUCUUUUACGACCCCUUCGUCGUCCCCAGUAGCAGUGCGACGAAGUAGACAGCCACCUGUUAUAAGGCGAAAAUCUAACGCAAGCAACCUAGGACAUUUAACUGAAACACAUUGGUCUUACGGUGUUAGGCAAAGUGAUUUAGAGAAAUUAUUACGUUUGAAAACUUCGGAAACGUCGGACACUGAAGAAGAAACAAAGGAGUCUCGCGAAACGCGUUCUAAUAGUGAAAGUGGUAGUAGUAAUAGCAGUAGUAGUGGAAGUAGUGAUGAGUCAAAAAGUGAUUCCAAUUUGGAUAUCGGAAAGGAAUACGUGGUUAAUAUAGACGACGGUAGAACAGAUACUCUAUCAACUGAUCACUCUACAGAUACGCUGAUAAACGAAGAUGAUAGUGAAGAAGGUGACGAAUUGUCAGUGGUUUCUGGUGAAUCUGGUGAUCGUAGUAACUUUGACAAUGUUAGUAUUAAAUCAAUAUCGUCUUUGGAUAUGGUUCCGUACCAAAAGUACGACAGCAUUACGGUGUCUUCUGACGAGUUCGGUGCGGAGGUAUGCCACGCGCCGGACACGGAGUUCCUCACGGUCAGUGCUGUGAACGAAUGGUGCAUUUCAAAGUCUGCCGAGCCGCUAUUAAUGCCAACAGAAUCUAAAAAGGAGAAAUAUCGCAGACGUCUAAACGAACGCGUGAAUGAACUAUUACACACAGAGAACGUUUAUGUAGAGCGUUUGAGGCAUGUCGUCGAAGAUUACAUUCCAGUGAUGGGUCGGUCGGAACUACCGCCACACUUUAAAGGAUUGAAACAGGACAUCUUCAGCAACAUCGAACGUAUAUUCCGGUUUCACUCCGAGGAAUUUCUACCAGCGUUGAGGGACUGCGAGAAUGAUCUCAGGAAGUUGGGACAAUGCUUCAGGCGAUUUGAAAAAAGGUUCAAUAUGUAUGUAAUGUACUCCAGAAAUAAUAAGAGAGCCACGAGACUUGUGUUUGAGUACAAACAAUUCUUCCAAGAAAGACAGUUGGAAUUAGGUGACAGAUUAGAUCUUUCGAGUUACUUGUUGGAACCGGUUCAAAGGAUACCGAGGUAUAAGCUGUUCCUAGCCGACCUUGUGAAGACCUACACGAAUUACGAGAAUGAGAGAUGUGAAACGGAUUCGAGGAUAUCAAAAGUCAGUGUGGACAGCGACGAGACUGGAGGAAGCAACGGCGAGUCCGCGGAUAAUGAUGAAACUCCACUGGAAAGUUUGAAACUAGCUAAAACUAUGAUUGAGUGUGUAUUGACGGCGGUGGAUGAAAUAAUGGCAUUAGAAAACAUCACGGAUUGUCCGCUUUAUCUAAACUUGCUCAACCAAGGUCGAUUGCUGCGCCAAAACGAGUUCUAUGCAAUGGACACCGCGCGCCGCCGACGUCAACUCAUGAGAAUAUUUCUCUUCGACAAACUGGUCCUCAUCACAGCAGUUUAUCGAAAGCAACCACGAGUGGAGUAUUUCAUUUACAAGGACCACAUUUCAGUUGAUGAUUUGGGUAUAACUGCAAAGGAGCAGGAUCAGCACAAAUUCACCAUAUGGUACAAGAAGAGAAACCUCAAGUCCUAUAAGUUGGAGACGACGGAGCCCGCUAUAAGAAACGCUUGGGUAGAAGAAAUAACGUCAUUGUUGUGGGAGCAGGCAAUGCAAAAGAAAGAAUUGUUGCAGAAACUGCGUAGUAAGAGAAUAUCGACGACGUCCAUGGACAGUCAAAAUUCGAACGAGUCUGAACGGAAUGAUGAUAAAUGUCUGUUAGGUGGUUUCGUAGUCGUGAAGUUGCAUCAAUGAAUUGCUUUGUAGAUAAUUCAUUGCGAGGCGUGCCGGGUGAAGUGCGUCGGUCGUCGGGUGAUAAAAAAAUUCGCCGAACAACUUGGUACUGCGAAUGAUUACGCAACAAAUUAUAAUAUAUUAGUGUAAUUUUUGUUAUAACAUGACAUUGACAUAGAGGAAUGAGUCAUGAAAGUAGGGCGUAUCUAACUGGAUUGGUGCAAAAUAAACUAAAACCACCGAAGAGGAUUUUAUGACGUUAAAAUUGUUAUUAGGGGCCGAUUUUGCAGUCAUCAGAUAAAAGUUAUUCGUAGGAAAUACAGCAUAAAGAAAUAAAAAAUUACAACUGUGACGAUAAUAGUUAAAUAGUGUCGAACUUAUAUUUAAUCAGGCUAUAAUUUAUUACACUGAUAACUUAUCUGAUGAUUGAAAAAUCAGUCUUAUUACAUAUGAAGUAGAUAAAGAAAGUUGAUUUUUGCGUUGGGUUCCGUUUGAUUUGACCUUUGUAUUAAAAAGAAUGGGCUAAAUAAAGAACUCUGCUCAUAGCGACGCUUAUAUUAAUAAUCAAAAGGAAGGCGGCCAAUUUCCAAGGCGAGGCUAAUGCUUCGCGAUUGCUUUCUAGUGAUAGUAUUCGUUAUCAAACUUAGACGUGUUGAUUAGUCUGGUGGUUUCUAAAUCCCACAGGCUUAGAUAUCUGAGCUGAACAGACCGGAUCGGUUGUAGGCCCAUACGUACAAUUACAAAGUGUAGCUGACAUUGGAUUGCUUGAACGAUUAAUCCAUAGAUUUGUUGGUGAAAGUAAAUUUGAAAUUCUAAACAUUCGUUUUAUUCUGCAGUCAUUUACAUAAUCUUUUGUUGUUUUAAAUGUAUGAGAUUAUCAUCAGAAACUUUAAUGUAUGAAAAAUUUAAAUUAGUUUUGAAGACUAAAUCACUAAAUUAAAGUGGUAAUGUUAUAAUUUGUGUUAACUAUAAUAAUAUUAAGUCCAAUUCGAAAUAUACACUUCAUUAUACUGCUAAUAGUAAAAUCUCACUAAAUAUGUUCGGGGAAGAAUAAAAAUAAAUGUCAAUCUCUUUAAUAAAUGAUUUUCUCCAGCCCUGUCACUUAUACCGAAUACAAUAUGCUUAAAAUGUGGUUAGAUAUUUUUACAUUUAGUUUUCUCCUUCCCCCCAUAUGGCAUAGAGCUAUAACAAAGUGUUUGCGGUCUGUAAGUAAUAUAACAUCUUUACAAGGAGUUUGCCUCUAAAAUUUUCCAGUUUAUUAGCGUUUCGGUGUAGCAGUACACGUGUCAACAUUGUUAAAAAUUUGCUAGCGCGAUGCAGACUUUGUUUUAGGUUUGCGGUGAAGUUCGGAAUUAAUACCUAGGUUUAUUAUUACAAGACCUAUACUUUUAUCGUUGCACUCGAUAAUUGAAUAGUGAAUAUUAUGUUAUUUCUUAACACGAGUUAAAUCUGCACCAAUUUCUUAGACCAAAACUAAAAGUAGGUGAGCAGUAUUUUUGUUAAAAGUUUAACUUCAAGUUAUACUUAUCUCUGAUAAAUAUGCACGAAUUUGUAGAUUGGGUGAAUGUGCAUGUUUAUGAAAAGGUCUAAUACAUCCCAAUUUUAAAUGGUCGAAAUUAAGUGGAGAUGCAGGAAAAGGAGCGAUUUUAAUGUUGGCAAUAUCAUUGUAGGAUCACAGAAGCUAAACUAUUAUUUUUUGUGAUAUAGUGGUACUAAUCGCUCUGGUUUAUUCAUGAUAUAGACAAAACUCUGUACAAAUGACUCUACCACGCAUAAUCAAACACGAACGCUCCAUUGCACCACCAAUUUUCUUCGCAAUUGUGGGAUUUAAACCUCGAGACGCCUCGAAUGUCUGUUUUAUCUCAAUUGGUAAACAUAAAUGACGAAAGUUAUUACCUACCGGUCGCCUACUUAUUUCGUGGUAUCUAAAAUAUUAGAAUUCAGAAUUAAGUAGAACAAUAUACAAAUGUUUUUUAAGCAAUCCAAAGAUAAUGUAAUUGAACUCUCAUCGAUUUACGGUCUCAAAAACAUUUUUAAGAUUUAUUGAAUACAGGAACGGUGGGGGAGUAAAACUCUACAGGUUAUAAAUAAGAUAUGGCCAAAGUAUUGCAAUAGAAAAUUUUACGAUAUUUUCGAGGAAUGUGAUAAAACGUUGUAUGAAAUGUAUUAUAUUUUAUGGUACUAUAAUUUCAGUCAUUAUUUUAUGCGACCUAUAAUAUUACAAUGUUAUUUAGUAUUAAAGCUCUUUGUACAUAAUUAAUUAUUGUAAUGAGUAGACAUAGGUUAAGGCAACUAAAUUUGACAUAAUAUUGAGCUGUUACAAAUAAAUUAUCAUCUUUACGUCAUUA